GGCCUGCCGGCCAGCCCGCCGCCUCCCCUUCGCCUUCGGGGAGCCAUGAGCUGGACCUGCCCGCGCUGUCGGCAGCCCGUUUACUUUGCUGAGAAAGUGAGCUCCCUGGGCAAGAACUGGCACCGCUUCUGCCUGAAAUGUGAACGCUGCCACAGCGUCCUGUCCCCCGGUGGGCACGCAGAGCACAAUGGGAGGCCAUAUUGCCACCAGCCGUGCUAUGGAGCUCUCUUUGGACCCAGAGGAGUGAACAUCGGUGGUGUGGGCUGCUACGUCUACAACCUCCCCACUCCUCCUGCCCACAGCACUCCCCUCAGCCCUAGCAAUUUCAGCCCCCCAAGGCCGAGGACAGGCCUCCCCCAAGGCAAGAAAAGGCCUCUUCCCCAUAAAGGCCCUCCCCACAUGAAGACGUUCACGGGGGAGACCUCACUGUGCCCGGGCUGCGAGGAACCUGUCUACUUUGCUGAGAAGGUGAUGUCUUUGGGCAGAAAUUGGCACCGACCCUGCCUGAGGUGCCAGCGUUGCCGGAAGACCCUGACUGCCGGGAGACACGCUGAGCAUGAUGGCAUCCCCUACUGCCACAUCCCCUGCUACGGCUACCUGUUUGGCCCCAAAGGUGUGAACAUUGGCGAUGUGGGCUGCUACAUCUAUGACCCAGUGGAGAUAAGAUCCAAAUGAGCUGCUCACAGCAGAGGUCAUCCUACCCAAGGCUGCUCGGCAUCCCCUCCCUGGCCCAAUGGGAGCUACACAAUUCACCAUUUUCUUGGGGUGAGGGGAAGGCAAGAUCUUGAGGGCUUGGGCCUAGGUUUCAUGGUAGAUCAGUCUCAGCACUCUCUCAAAUUCUUCUCUUUUUCCUAUUUGGUUAGAGGACUUAGGCCACCUUAACUUAAAUGGUAGCCUACUCACCUUCCCAUUUCCUUUCCUGGCAAAUUUGGGAGCAUCAAUGUAUUUCAUCAAACUUGCUU